AGUGUGUGUGUGUGUGUGUGUGUGUGUGUCGAUAAGAACAAGAUUUUUUUUAAACACAUAUCAAAUUUUCACUACACUCUCGAACGUUUUCUUUUAAUCGACCAUGAAAUUCAUCUCUUUGUGAUAAAACCUCCAAAAAAAAUAUAUUUUUGUUAUAUAAACACAAAGCGUUAUAGUCGGAUUAUGGUCUCUCACUUCCAUGUCUCUCAAAACGUGAUUAAGAUUCUCAUACUACAUUACUGUACUGAUCUGUGUGUGUAUAGUUGUGAAAAAAAUCGAUGAUAUGUUUUGUAAUGAUAAAUUUUACAACUUUUUAGUAAAAAUAUGAUAACAGACAUACUGCACAGACACAUAUGAACAAGUCCCUUGAGCUAUGUUUAUAUUCAUUUGACUUGUUCAUUUGAUUUAUUGAGUAAUGAAAUGAUAAUUUAUUAUCAUUCAUAAUGAACUUUUACCAUCUUGCUAGUAGAGAAAAACGAAACAGUUAAUAAGGAUGAAAUCUCAAACUUUUCAAUUUUAUGAAUUUUUGAAAAGAAGAAGGUCAUGUGCGUGAAGAUAAAAGUAAGCCUUAAAUUUGAUUGUUUUUCUUUUCUUUUUCAACAUUCUUAAGAUGAACAGAGAAGAAAGUAGUGAGUGUCAUAUCUUGCACCCACUUGUUGUUGUUUGUUGUGUAAUUCUGUUUUCUUUUCUUUAUAUAUACAUAUAUAUAUAUAUACUUAUCAGAAUUUUGCCUUAAAACAAUAUGAAAAAAAUUUUUCUCACAUGUACAUAUUGAAACUUGUUCAUCUUACGUGUCAUGAUCACAUUUAAAGAUUUGGAUACUUGUUGAUGCAAGAACAAUGACAUCGUCAUCAUGAAAAUUAACGUGUCUAGGACUGGCUAAGAUAUUACUAGUCAAUGAAUAACCUCUUAAAGGUGAACAAAUAAAGUAUUUAUCUCGUGUGUAUAUUAAUCAGGAGAGAGAGAGAGAGAGAAUAUAUUUAGAUAUUUGAAACUGUUGUACAUGGUAUUUAAAUGAUACUGUCUGUUUUGUUUGUUUAUAUUAAUAAAAUAAAUAAUUACAACCAUUCAAAUGACAAUGUCCUUGUCAUUAUUUCCAGAUAAAAUCACUUUUUUAUUAUGUUAUUAUCUCCUUGUGGGUGAUCGAUGUUUAGUCAAAUUUUAAUAAUUUUGGGCUUUUUUUCGUUAGAAAACUUUUAACUUUUAUAAUGUGCUGGCAAAAGAUGUUUAUUACUAAUUUUUUCUUUUUUUUUCCCCUUUUUUUUUUUGUUCAAUAUUUAUAAUCCCAUCAGGUGAAUAUUGAUAUCAAAAUGAUGUAAUUUGAUUCGACAGUUUCAACAAGCAGUCAAUAUAGAGUCGAGACGACAAUGUUUGGUUGCCACUUUCUUUCUUAAAUUGUAUCCGAGUACUAUCUUGUAAUAUAUUCUAUAAGAGUGCGAACGUUUUCUCUUGAAUAGGUAAUGUCUUUCUUUUUUUUUUUCUUUAUUAAAGAUGCCGUGUGUUUCAUAAAUGAUCUUCAUAUAUUAAAAAAAAAAACAUGAAUAGCUGGGCUCAUCGAGUGGUGUACACCACAGAAAGAAAAAAAAAAGGAAGUUGAAAACUAAUAAAAAAAUUACAAUGACAAUUAGAACAAUAUAAGAAUUCAACAUUUGUUAAUGAUGACAGAUAUGAAAUGAUGAUAUAUACAUCCGUCUUUCCAUUAUUAACACUUGAAAUUUGAAGAAUAAUUACUGAGAAAGUGUAGCUGUAACAUUUAAAUAUGAAUAGAUUUUUCUUUUUUUGUACAGUUUGUUAAUCAAUAAUGAGAAAGAAAAGUGGUAUUAUUUAAAUUAAGAUUAAAAGUGUGCGAAAGAAUAGUAACUCGAGAGAAAAAAUUGUCGUCGGCCAUUUUGAUUACCUUACAAUUGCCAGACCACAUUCAUUGAAUUUGUUUUUUUAUUUUAAUGCCUGAAACGAUCUCAUUAAGAAUGAACUAAUAUGAAUAUGAUUGAACUUCUAUUUCAAAAUUCAAAUACUAUUGAAAACAAAACCAAUCUAUAUUUGAACGACCUUUAAAAAUUUGUCAUCGCCUAAAUAUAGAACUUUUUUGAUAAUUACGAGAAAACUUUAAGCAUGCCUGUUUAAGAAAUUGAAUAAUAAAAAAUAUACUCAGACAGAGAACAAGGUACGAUUACACAAUUUUUUUCAUUAUUGUAUGCGUUUCCAAACGAACAGUUACAUACAUAUUGAAGAAGAAGAAGAAAAAGAAACAACAAAUUGAUUUGUCUAUACAUAAGAAUAUGAAAACAAAUAAUAAAUGAUAAGUUAACAGCCGUGUGAACAACUGUUUGCAUAAGUUGUGCUGUUACAACAUAUAACUUCUUACAAACCCUAGAGGGAAAAGAUUGAAGAGAUUUUCUUUUUUAUAAACUAUACCUUUGCUCUUUCUUCUUCUGUCUCUCUCUCUUGAACAAAGAAUAUUAUAAUUUUUAAAUUUGUUUAUUUUAGUGAUGGUAGAUUAGUUUGCGAUUGUAAACAUAAUACGGCUGGUGACGAAUGUGAACGAUGUAAAGAUUUCUAUUAUGAUCGACCAUGGGCAAGAGCAACGCAACGUGAUGCUAAUGAAUGUGUUGUAUGUAAUUGCAAUAAUCAUUCGGAAAAAUGCCGUUUUAAUCUUGAAUUGUACAAAUUGAGUGGACACAAAUCAGGCAGUGUCUGUUUAGCAUGUCAGCAUAAUACGGCCGGUAGAAAUUGUCAGUAUUGUCAAGAAGGCUACUAUAAAAAUAAAUAUGAAUUGAUGACAAGUGCGAGUGUUUGUAGAGGCCGUUCAUGUCAUUAUUGCCAAGAGGGCUAUUAUCGUGAUAUUUCAUUGGCAAUAAAUCAUCCGAAAGUAUGUAAAGAAUGUAAUUGUCAUCCAGUUGGAUCUCGUGGUAAAACGUGUAAUCAAACAACUGGUCAAUGUAUUUGCAAAGAUGGUGUAACGGGUCUUCGAUGUGAUCGAUGCAUGAAAGGUUAUCAACAAACAAAGUCUCCAGUUGCACCAUGCAUACGUACGUUAGAAUUGUCUCCUAUUUUCAACAUCUAUCAGGAUGAUUCAUAUGCAACAUCGAAUAAUCAUGAUGAAGAUAAAACAUAUUCUUAUAAUCAACAAUCUCCACCACAAUCUUCAACUGUCGUUCGGCCAGAUGAUGAUGGUGUUAGUCGAUCUGAUUAUAAUUCUCCAAAUAUUGAUCAAAGUCAUUAUUGUGGUGCUUGUCGAUAUUAUAGUAAACGAUUACAUUUUAAAAAAUAUUGUAAACGAGAUUAUACAAUUCAUGCUCGUGUAACUAAUCGUCAUGAUGCUGGUCAAUGGGUCUCAUAUUUAUUAACUGUUUUACGUGUGUAUAAGGAUCGUUUAAAUCGUAUACAAGAAACAGAACAAUGGGUAUGGAUUAGUCGAAAAGAUAUACAAUGUAAUUGUCCUAGACUAAAAAUUGAUCAUGAAUAUUUAUUAAUGGGUUUUUAUGAUCAAAUGCAAACAUCACUAAGUUUAGAUAGAACUUCUGUUGUUAUUGAAUGGCGAGAAAGAAUGGAACAAAGAAUGGUUCGGUUUAGACGAUUAGAAUUAAAUAAAAAAUGUUAG